CUACAUUAGAAAAUUAUCAUAAAUCUCAAAAUAGUAAUAGUGCGAUAUCUCACAUUAUUAAACAAGUGUCAAAUAAAAAAAUUCAGAUCUCUCUCUGUCAAUUACUAAAAAUAGUAAAACCUGAGAUUCAGCAAGAUAUUAUAAACUCGAUAGCAAACCCAGAUAUUUCUUGGAGAAAUCGUACACUAUCUGAGGCUAAAAGAAAAAAAACAAUUUUUAACAAUACCGCAUCUAAGUCCUCGUCCGAAUCUGGGUCUGGCUCUGAAUUCUCUUAUGAUAAUGAAGAUUUUACUGUAGAUAUGUAA